GUUUGGUUUAAAUGCAGGCCAGAGUCUCUUACAGGCUGCGAGUGAGUGAGAAGAAAAUACAGCAGCAUGGUGAGCCGUGUGGAGCAUCCUGCUGCAGGAUACAGGAAGAUCUUUGAGACUGUGGAGGAGCUGAGUGAGCCCUUACCUGCAAGAGUCACAGGAAGGAUACCAUCAUGGCUGGGCGGCAGUCUUCUCAGGAUGGGUCCUGGGCUUUUCGAGGUGGGGGACGAACCUUUCCACCACCUGUUUGAUGGUCAGGCUCUCAUGCACAAGUUUGACCUGAAGGACGGACAGGUGACCUACUACAGGAAGUUCAUCAGAACAGAUGCGUAUGUUCGUGCCAUGACUGAGAACAGAGUCGUCAUUACUGAGUUUGGAACGGCUGCAUACCCAGACCCCUGCAAAAACAUCUUCUCUAGAUUCUUCACCUACUUCAAAGGUGUGGAGGUGACUGAUAACUGCAUAGUGAAUCUCUAUCCAAUUGGUGAGGACUUCUAUGCUGUUACUGAAACCAAUUACAUCACUAAAGUGGAUCCUGAUUCGCUGGAGACUUUAGAGAAGGUCGACGUGUGUAAGUACCUGUCAGUGAACGGGGUGACUGCCCACCCCCACAUCGACAAAGAUGGGACGGUCUACAACAUCGGUAACUGCUUUGGCAAAAACAUGAGUCUGGCGUACAACAUCGUCAAGAUCCCUCCUGCUCAGGAAGACAAGUCGAAUCCGCUGGAGAAAUCUGAGGUUGUGGUUCAGCUGCCCAGCAGUGAGCGGUUAAAACCCUCCUACAUUCACAGUUUUGGAAUGACCAAAAACUACUUUGUGUUCGUGGAGCCGCCAGUGAAAAUCAAUCUGCUGAAGUUUCUCUCAGCAUGGAGCUUCAGAGGAGCUACGUACAUGGACUGCUUUGAAUCCAAUGAAACCAUGGGGACGUGGUUCCACCUCGCCACAAAGGACCCUGCAAAUUACCUGAGCAGCCACAAAUACAGAACGUCGGCUUUCAACAUCUUUCACCACAUCAACACGUACGAGGAGGAGGAGGGAUUCAUUGUGGUCGACGUCUGCACCUGGAAAGGUCAUGACUUUGUGUAUAACUACCUUUACCUGGCCAACCUGAGGGAGGAGUGGGAGGAGGUGAAGAAGGCAGCCAUGAGAGCUCCUCAGCCAGAGGUCAGACGAUACGUGCUGCCGCUGGAUAUACACAAGGAAGAGCAGGGGAAGAAUCUGAUCUCUCUGCCCUACACUACAGCUACUGCCGUUCUUCGCAGUGAUGGGACUGUCUGGCUUGAACCUGAAGUCCUCUUUUCUGGACCAAGACAGGCGUUUGAGUUUCCUCAGAUUAACUACUCCAUGUGCAGUGGAGAAAAAUACUCCUUCACCUACGGCCUGGGACUCAACCAUUUCAUCCCAGACAAGAUAGUGAAGCUGAACGUUCAGAACAAACAGACCUGGGUGUGGCAGGAGGAGGAGUGUUACCCAUCAGAGCCGCUGUUCGUACCCCGACCUGGAGCAACAGAGGAGGAUGACGGUGUGCUGCUGAGUAUCGUGGUGAAGCCGGGUGCAGAGAGACCGAGCUUCCUGUUGGUGCUGGACGCCAAGAAACUGAGGGAGCUGGCCCGAGCAGAAGUGAACACCAUUAUUCCUGUGACGUUACACGGCAUGUACAAACCCUAAGUCUUGAUGAAUAACUGACUCUAAAUAGUGGAUUUCUGAACAUAUUAUACCCUUAAAAGUGACUUUAAGCUAUACAUAGGUCAACAAGUACUUCUAUCAAAGGUCUGGUUUACAUAUAGUCAGGUAUUUCUGAAAACUGAGGUUUUCACCAUGUUACAUGUAUUUUCAACACAAAGAAACGCCUCAGUUUUCAAAAAUACCUGCCUAUAUGCAAACUAGGCCUAAAUGGUUUAAAUUAGUGGAUCUCAAUUGGUGGGUCGGGACCAAAAAGCGGGUCAUUAAGUGGGUCCUGAAUGUGUGCCUGAAAAAAAAAAUGCGCCAGAAAGUCUGUGAAACUUUCAAACUCACUUGUUUUGCCCUGUCUCUUUGUUUUGUCACAUUUGCAUGCUUUAAGGUAGUGCAGCACAAUUUGGUAUUAAGGUGUGAUUUUAGUUGUACUGGACAAUAAUGCAGUUUGCAAAUGUGAUAUAAUACAUUCAAGUUUUUCCUUUCUGAAAAUAAAGGUACUUCUAUAAAGUGCAAUGGUGGCACCAUUGUAAACUCAGAGGCCUUUCUGCAGGCUUUUUCAUAAACCUUUUAAGUUCUACUAAAUGCAAAAAAAAAAAUGCCUGGCAUCAAAGGAUUUUGAUUAGAGUAAUUGUGCAGCACUACUUUGAGGUCUAAACUAUACUAUUUUUCAUUAAAUAAAUCCAGUAAAAAAAAAAAAUCAGAUUUUCGAGUUUAUUGUCUCAUUGAGGAGUAGUUGGUGGGUCCUGGAGCUCAACUAUGUAGUUAAGAACCACUGGUUUAAAUUAUUUAUUGUGCUUAACAAAUUUAUUAGACCAC